UUCCAAUCUUCGAUUCAUUUACAUCGUCGUCGUUUAGUUUUACCGUCCCAAUAUGGCCGAAAGUAAAUCCUUCCAAGCACUACUUCAACGCCCCCUGGAACCGUCGUUCAUGCCAAAGGACGAUGGUAAAACAACGCUUAUUAUUCCGGACGAGUAUCUGAGUGAUCGCUAUCGGCCUUUGGCUGGGGAUUUACAAAGUCGAUUCACCGGCGGUUCAGAAGUGGAAAUUCCGGUUCGGAAUGUUGGCAUUCCGGAUCUAUCUUUUGCCGAGGUGAUUGACCGUCGCGCGCCAUUUUCUCUGUUUGUCGAAAAACACCGGGACAUCGCAGGUCGACUGAUUGAUGUAUUCGUUAAAGUGCCGGAUGCCAGUUCUUUGGUGGGAGUGGCCACCUACGCUAGGGAUCGACUGAACCCGUACAUGUUCCAAUAUGCUCUAACAGUGGCCCUCCAACAUCGGAAGGAUACCAAGGAUGUGCCAAUUCCAUCCGUUUUGGAACUGUUUCCCGAUCAGUUUGUAGAUCCGACCACGUUCCCAAAAUUGCGCGAAGAAGGAAGCAUUGUCAACCAAGCUCAAAGGACAGCAAUUGAUAUCCAGCCCAAUUUCACUGCUUCGGAUCGAGAACCGGAACAGAGAAUGGCUUACUUCCGUGAGGAUAUCGGAGUCAACAUGCAUCAUUGGCAUUGGCAUUUGGUGUACCCUGCGGGAGCACCUCCGGCGAUAGCUCGAAAAGAUCGCCGUGGUGAACUGUUCUAUUAUAUGCACAGUCAAGUCAUCGCACGUUACAAUGCCGAUCGCUUUUGUAACCGCCUUGCACAAAUUAAGCCACUGGAUAAUCUCCAGGAUCCGAUCCCGGAGGCAUAUUUUCCGAAAAUGGUUCGAAGCUUGAAUAACCGUGCCUACCCCGCUAGACACGACAAUCAAGUCCUCCGGGAUUUGAAUCGCGUAGAUAGUGACACGAUCAUUACGGUGAACGAACUACAACGCUGGAGGGACCGAAUCUACCAAGCAAUUGAUCAGGGAUUUGUUGUUGAUUCCUCCGGAAAAAAUAUUCCACUGGAUGAGGUCCGUGGAAUUGACAUUUUAGGAGAUUUGGUAGAAGCUUCCACGUUGUCAGUUAAUAGGAAGUUUUAUGGAAGUCUGCAUAACUUUGGGCAUGACUUCUUGGCCUACAUCCACGAUCCCGAGUACCGAUAUUUAGAAGAUUUUGGCGUAAUGGGUGACGUCUCAACUGCAAUGCGUGAUCCAGUAUUCUACCGUUGGCACGGAAUGAUUGAUGCACUUUUCCGACGAUUCCUUGAAUCUCUCAACCCGUACACCUCGACUCAGCUGGGAUUUGCAGGAGUUAAGGUCAACAGCAUCGCCGCUCGCGUAAAUCGGGCAAACGCACCGUCUAAUAUUCUGCUGACUUACUGGCAACGAUCGCAAGUUGACUUGGCCGCCGGACUUGACUUUGGCCCACAAGGAAAUGUCUUUGCUACGUUUACUCAUCUCCAGCAUGCUCCAUUUUCAUAUGAAAUCAAAGUUACAAAUUCUACAGGAUCAUUGAAGCGAGGAACAGCACGUAUAUUCAUUGCACCGAAGGUAGAUGAACGUAACACCACUAUGCAGUUCCGAGAGCAGCGACGCUACUUUAUUGAAUUGGACAAAUUUGGAGUGAAUUUGAGGCCCGGAGAAAACACUCUGACCCGCAGAUCGGAUCAGUCCAGUGUAACACUGCCCUACGAAAGAUCUUUCCGUCGUGUUGGAACCGCUCAAACACCAACUGAUACGAGACAGCUAGAAGAGUUCCGUUUCUGUGGAUGUGGAUGGCCAGAGCAUAUGCUGCUUCCAAAGGGAGCCCCCGAGGGAGUUCAAUACGACCUCUAUGUGAUGAUUUCUAACUUCAAUAAUGACUCAGUAGGACAGGAGUUUGAUGAAACUGUCGGCUGUAAUGACGCUCACUCGUUCUGCGGUCUUCGGGACAAGCUGUACCCGGACAAACGCACCAUGGGAUUCCCAUUCGAUCGUCGUACGGAAACCAGCGUGAGCACUUUGAAUGAUUUCAUGAAGCCGUACUCCAAUAUGGCUGCCACAAGCGUACAAAUCAUGUUCAAGAAUACCAUCAUAAGCAGGACAUAGAUUUGAGAUAAAUCGAACAAAAUUAUAUUCAAUUUCAUUAUGAGCAUUUUACCAAACUAUUUAAUCGACAAUUAUUGCAAAAUAUAAUCGAAAUAAAUCUGCAAAUAACUAUGAA